AUGGCAGGUCCCGUUAUUCCCACUGUGCGGCAGCUCGACCGGCCGGAACCUUUACAAGAUGUGCUCGCAAAAGACAGAGCAGAUGAUUGUCUGCCAUGCAGAGUAAUAGGAGCUUCUGCCUUCAUUGCACUAGGUGGUUAUACGUAUUUCUCAGGCCAUGCUCAACUCAAUACUCAACAGGCAAAAAUCCUUGCGAGCAAGAGCAUGUUCGGGAUAAAAAGUCGACAAGCAGGCAUCACCAGCAUUGCCGUGACUCUUGCAGGAAUGGGUUUCUGGAGAAUGGUUAAUUAG